AUGUAUUCAUUAAAGAAGGCAGUCCUGUGGCUAUACGUCCGACCUGUACAUUCUUCGCAACAAGAAAUGUUCACCAUGCUCGAGGUUAACUCUUUGGUGACAAGUAAACUGCUAAGAUCGCGUAAGGUGAAGCUUGAACACGGAGAUCAAGGCAAUGGAAAAUGGUAUAAAUUCGAAAUGACGAAAGUCGUCAAAAAGAGUCUCAACGCAAUGGAGAACACCAUUGAGCUACAAGCUUUAGCUGUUGACCAGAAUGGAAUCAAUCAGUUGGUUCUUCCUCCAACAUUCAACGAGGACAGAGGAUAUAAACCAUAUUUAGAGAUUCUCAUGGUAGCCAAUCGACGUAAACGAAGCAAGAGAGGUCUUGGAUUAUGCUCACACAUCAAUGGUGUCCAAUCUGAAAAAGAACAGCUCACAGAUUAUCUGUUGCACUCCAACAGCACUCAGUUCACUCUCAAUGCUUUAUUUCAGUGA